AUGGCGCCGAAGAAGGGCGAUGUGGCGGGGAUGUUGUAUGAGGAGAACCCCUUCGGCGAAGGCGGGGCCGAGGGGGGUGCGGGAGGGAGCGGGGGCGCCACGGCGUCCGACAACGUCGUGCUGAGCUUCAAGGAGAACGAGUACACGCCGGAGGUGACAGGCAAGAUCGGCAAGACCGCGCAGGCACCCCCGCCGCCAGGGCCGAUCCCGGGCCCCGACAGCGCCACCGACCCAGGCCAACCGCAGCCGCAGCCCUCGGUCUUCUCCCUAGCGCGCUACCGCGGCUACUUCGACGUCGACACGCGGGACGUCCUCGGGAGGGCGGCGUAUCCGAUCGCGUAUUUCUGGAAGCCGGACUUCUUCGAGGCCGUUCAGCGCAACCCGGACCUCUACGGCCCGUUCUGGGUAACCACGACGCUGGUGUUCUCCGCGGCGGUGAUGGGCAACAUGCACGAGUGGAUCGAGUACCACUUCCGCUCCGCGAAGCCCGACGGCGGCGACGGCGACAACGGCACCGGCGCCGGGGCGUGGUUCUACGACGUCGACAAGGUAUCGUAUUCUGCGAUUUUGUUCUACGGCUACGUCACGGUGAUUCCCCUGCUGUUCUGGCUGGUGAUGAAGUACUUCCGGUCCCCGCAGCCGCUGAUCGCGCUGGUGUGCAUCUACGGCUACUCGCUCUCGCCGUUCAUCCCCGUGUCGGCGCUGUCGGUGAUCCCGAGCACGGAGCUGCAGUGGGUGCUGGUGGCGGUGGCGACGGCGCUGUCGGCGAUCUUCCUGGUGCUCAACUUCCGCAGCUGCAUCCUCCAGGCGAUCGCGGACGCCCAGGAGUGGAUCGAGAACAGCGUCGUCGGACGGUCCUUCCUCGGCAAGCUGUCAGACACCGGGCUGUCUUAUGUCAUACUCCUGACCAUCGCGCUGCUGCACGUCGGCCUCGGGCUCGCCAUGAAACUGUACUUCUUCCACUAUAGCGGCCCGUGA